AUGGCGGCAAGAAACGUGGUGAGGACAUUUAAAACUUUUCCUAGAAAAUUUUUACCGGCCAAAUUUGAUUCAACUAAAACAUUUAUUGUCACUCGAGCACAGAGAAUUGGUAAUUACUUUUACAAUAUUUACAAUGACUACAAAGUUGUAGCUAUGGAAACCUGGCAGGAAAUGAAAGUGAAACCAAUAAAAGCCUCAGCUUACAUUACAGCAAUUGGAACUGUUGGUGUUCUUAUAAAGACAAAUCCAAGUGAAAGAGACUUUAAAGUGAAUUUAAUGGAAAAUGCCAAUGACCUUUCUCUUGUUGGUCAACCAGUACGAAGCCCAAAAUCUGAAAAAUAUAUAAAAUUUCUUCUUGACAACUUCAAAGACCGUAAACUCAUCUAUGUCAAUCUGGGGGUCUGUUCACUGAUCUAUGAGGACAAUUACACUCAAGACGUAGACCUCUAUUUUGCUCGCUGUAGUAAAUUGAAAGUGCGAUGGUUGGAUUUUUACAAAAGCAUUGUGGAUGUUGGUGUCAUUGGUUACUGGCUAAAUAUGAGUAAAUUGAUGGUUGAUUACGAUGUUAAUGAAGAUGAAUGGGAUGAAAAUGGACUGUCUAAAAUAAAAUGA